CCGAAGUCUCCCGAGUGAGUAGAUUCUCUUGCCUGUCAGGUGUCAGUGUCAGUUGGAUCUAGGCACCUGAUUUUCUGUUUUUAUGUUUUGAUUUUUGAGACUAUUUUAGUUUUAAGUGUUCGGGAUCCAAUAAUAAACUGUCCUUAAUAUAUCUGUGAUAAUAUUUGGUGCUUUUAAUUUUGGUAUUCAGUUCUUCAAUACUUUAGUUUUUGAACGAAAUAUUACCUGUGUUUAUCUCAUUCCAGCAGGCUCAAAUCAACGGACUAUACUCAUAAGAUGUCCCCAAUAACCACACCAGGAGCCUUGAUGUCAGGCGAUACUCAGAGUCCCUCAUUCAGUCCCCAAAGAAGGUUAGAGGACGCCAAAAGCCAAUUUUCGUCACUUUCCGACGCUGAAAGCUACGAAUGGAACGGCGAACAAGACGCAGAUGCAGACUCGGGGAUUUCCACAGAACGAAACCUAGGGGGAAACUUGAAUGGAAGAAAUAGAAAUAUAAGUCGUAACACUUGGCAGAGAACUAGUUUGAGAAGAUCAACUCCUAGUCACGUGAAAAGGCAGCUUGGAUCUAACGCGCUAGCUAGUCAGUUAUACAGAAGUUAUAGCUUCAACUCUUCCGGCAGAAGCAGCAACUGCGAUCCCGCUGAUGACAUUUACUCUGACGCAUCGCUUGAGGAAGAUGUCCACGAAAUUCACCAUAAGGUUCGUCUACUCGAAGAACAAAUUGGUGUGCUCACAGAAUCAUCACAACAAAACGACGAAAAGUACACUAAAGCCAGAGUCGAUAAUGCAACAUUGAGUACUCGAAUUUUAAUGUUGGAGGAACAAAUCAGAGAUAUGGAAAUUAGAUACGAAGAACGACUCCAGGAGGAACAAAGAAGAUCAAAGGAUUUAAUUUCAAGAUUAGAGAGGGAAAAACAAUUACAGUUAGAAAAUGCCAACAUAAGACUACAAUCCCGUAUAGAAGAGAAUACUAACCUCAAAGAAGAACUGGCAAGACAUAGAAUAGCGAUACAAAAAAUAGAAAAUGAAAGAAAUAACUUAUUGGAACAGGUUAAAGAAUUAACUGAAGAGAUUAACUCUACCAAAGCAGAAGCCAGCACAUCCAAAGAAACAGAAAAAAGUCUACAUCGGCAAUGUGAGGCAAAAAAUCAGUUGAUUGAAGAACUAUCACAAGAGGUCGAAAAACUCAGAGCCAAAACAAGAACACCUGCUUUACCCACAACAUCAGUUGAUACUCUAAGAUUGGAAGAACUUCAUGAGGAAUUAUCCGCCCUGAGAGAUAAGAAUUUGAAGCUUGAGGAGGUCAACGAAGAACUCCAAGCCAGUCUUUUACAUGCUGGACUCGAACAGGGGAUACUUCUCACACAACAUGAGAACAGUCUUGCUGCUGAAUUGGAAGCUAUGAGCCAAGAAGAGAUCUGCACUAUUGCGGAUAAUGACGAUUUCUACAAGAUCCAACGUGCCUUGAAAGAGCAGCAAGAUGUCAAUGCACAACUCAAGACCUACAUUGAUGGGAUACUCCUAAAUAUUGUGGAGAACUAUCCCCAGUUGUUGGAAGUAAAGCAAAAGUCUUGAAUUUAAUUCACUAUUAGAGUUUAAGAUUUUUGUAAGUGUAAAUAAUUAUGUAUAUAUAAAUUUCAUGUAUUGAAGUUUAUUAAUUUAUAAAUGAUAAAGGUGAUGGUAGUAUAGCAGAAAAUUAUUUUUUUAUGCAUUUGAGUCCUUUUCAAGUCUGCAUGGUACACACAGAAAAAAAUUCUCUGCUGACUUGAAAUUGAUGAAUGCAAGCAAUGUUUUACCUAUAUUAUCAUCACCUUAUCACAAUAUUUCACCAAGAUAUCAUGUAUAUUGUUGGCACUAUUCUUAGAAUAACGGAAGCUGUGAUCAUUCUAUUCUCAUGUGGUCGAUUUUUUUUUGAUAUGGAAAUAUUUUGAUGAAAAUUAUCUUGCCAGACUGUUAGUAAAACUAAUUAUAUUUUUGGACUUCUGUUAUAUGACGUUGAUAGUUACAUAAUAGAAACAGCAAUAUGGAUGAAUACCACAUGGAAUAGCUUUUUAACAUUGAAAUGUUUAAUUUUUUUUAUCUCAGCACCCGAACUGCUCAUUUAUUUCAAUUUUUCUUUAAAUCUCGAAUAUUUUAAAAUUAUGUUUUUAGAUGCUCUAAUAAAGUUGAUUGGACUCUUUUCAAGUGAUUGACAAGAAUUUCAAUAUGAAUUUGUACGAACCUUAAAAUAAACUGUGAUUGAAAAAUAACUAUUUUUAUAUUAAUGUCAAACAUGAAGCAAUUCAAAAAUAUUUUCUAUAAUAAAAAUCACUGAAGCAGUGGAAGUGGAACUGAUAUGUAGUAUUAUAAUUGGAAUUGUUAAUAUUUUAUAAUUGUCUUAAUAAUAGUUGUGAAUUGUUUAAAUUUGUAAUAUAUUUUCAUACAAUUCACCAAAGUAGUAAACCGGCCUAAUUUCGUUAUGUAAUCUUGAUAAUUUGAGAUUAAUAUAUGAAUGUUAUAUAAUU